AUGGAACAACGCCUACUUCGAGACACAACCAAAGCUUCCCUGUACCGCGAUUUUCUCACAGAAUAUGAAACCCUCGGUCAUAUGACCAAAGUUACACCCGCCGAAAUUGUUACAUCAAACCAAGUUUACUAUAUCCCGCAUCAUGCUGUCCUACGCGACAGCAGUGCAACCACACGACUCCGAGUAGUCUUCAACGCAUCUUGCCGUACUUCAAACGGGAUGUCGUUGAACGAUCAUAUGCUCAUUGGCCCUAAACUGCAAAGGGACUUAGCCACGGUCAUCAUGCAGUGGCGCCAAUACCGUUACGUAUUUACCGCCGACAUUACUAAAAUGUACCGGCAAAUUUUAGUCGAUUCACGCGACACCAACUACCAACGCAUUGUAUGGCGACCGAACUCCGGUGAACCAAUCACGGAGUACCUUCUUCUCACAGUAACCUACGGCACAGCUGCCGCUCCAUAUUUGCCCUCCGAGUCUUGGAUCAGCUUGUAG